CCAGGCUGCAAUAACUGACCAGUUACCAUAAAGCACACGUAUUAAAACGGAGUGGCAAACCAACAGGGAUGCCAGCCGAAACAAUCGACAACUCCAACGCAUUGUUUCCUGCUUUGCAAGAAUCUCAAUUAGACAAAGUAGUCCAAGAACUUUAUCAACAAUAUCAAUUAGCUAAUACCCCUAAUGGAUUAUAUAAAUUAAUUGAUAAUAUUGAUGAAGAAAUAGAACAAAUAGAUAAAGAAUUAAAUUAUUAUACUAAAUUAAAACAAAAACGAUUUCAACAAGAUAUUAAUAAUAUAGAAUUAAAUCGAACAACAAAACUUUCAUCUGCUAUAACUAAUUCAAAUGAAUUAGUAUCAAUAUUUCAAUCAGCUAAUGAUUUAGGUCAUUCUUUAACAUUUAAAAUUAAAUCUUUAGAUGAAGAAAUUGGAAAUGUUAAUAAAACUCUUGAAUUUGUUACUAAUAUUCAAUUAUUAAGAAAUAAUAUUAAUCAAGCAAGUUAUGCUAUAGAACAUAAAAAUUAUGAAUUAGCUGCUCAAUGUAUAAGUACUAUUAAUUCAAAAUUAUCAAAAGAAUUAAUCAAUGGAAGAUUUGCUUCUAUAGUUAUUCCAUCAACAGAUAUUCCAGAAUUACCAGAAGUUACCAUAAAUUCAUGGAUUGAUAAAUUAACUGAAAUAUUUAAAUUAAAAUUUGAUGAAGCUGCAAAAGCAAGAAAUGUUGAAGAUUUAACAAAAUAUUUUCAAUUAUUUCCUUUAAUUAAUCAAGAAGAAAUUGGAUUAAAUUGUUAUUCCAAAUUUAUAUGUCAAAUUAUUAAUGAUACUUCAAAAAAUUUAAUUAUUUCAACUGCAUCUGUACCUGCUGAUGAUUUAAAAGCAGGAAUAUUUGCUACAAUAACUAUGCAAUUAUUUGAAAAUAUUUCUAUGAUGCUUAGUCAACAUGGACCAUUAAUUAAACGAUAUUAUUCAUCAACUUAUCCAAGUGCUUUAAAUUAUGUAAUAACUAAAAUUCAACGAGAAAUUGAUUCUCAAAUUGGUAUAAUUGGUGAUACAUUUUAUGAUGUAAGAAGAAUAGAUAAAUAUUUUCAAGAUAUUAAACUUUAUAAUUUCCCAGUUUUAUCAAAACGUUUAAAUGAAUUACAAGAUCAAAUGCAUGAUUCAAAUUCAAGACCUCAACUGCAACAACUGCAACAUGAAUUUGAAUCAAUUGAUGGUACUUUAGAAAAUAAUAAUGAUUUAGUAUCUAUUGUUCAAGUAGGUGAUUUAAUUAAUGAAUUAGCUACCAUAUUUCAUCAUUGGUCAUUAUAUUGUAAAUUUAUUACAAUUAAAUACUUUAAAACUUCUGAUCAAGACGUUUUAAAAUUACCGGAUUUAAUUAUUAAAUCAAAUUUUACUAAAAAGAUAAACAAUAAGUAUUUACCGGCUUUUGAAAUAUUAUAUACAUUUUAUUUUCGUCGAUCUAUUGAAAAAGCUAUUACUAUUGAAGAAUUACCUUCAUUAGAUACUUAUUUAGUAUCCAGUACAAAUUUAAAUGAAGUAUCUAAAUCUCCUGAACAAACUCCAUGUUCUUCAGUAAUAGAAGAUAUUACCCUUAUUUUACAUAAUACUUUAAGAAAUGUAAUUGAUACUUCAAUUCCAUCGACAGUUAAGAAAUUUAUUAGUGAAAGUUUUAAAGUAAUUCAAACAGAUUUAAUUAAUGGAUUUUUCAUUAAAAAUUUAAAUGAUAAUCAACCAAGAUAUAAUCAAACUUUAUCAUUAAUUACUGCUCCUUCAUUAUUAAGUAAUGGAAUUACAAGUAGUACUACUGUAAGUCCAGGAACUACAAGAAGUAGUACACCAGAACCAACAGGUAUGGCAUUUUUAAAGGGAGCUCAAAGUGCUUUAGGUAAUGUUGUUGCAUCAGGAACUUCAGGAAUAGUUGGAGGUUUACAAACUUCUUCAACAAAUAAUGUAAAAUUAUUAAACUUUAUAUUAUACUUAAAUACAGUAGCAAUGGGUCAAGAAUAUUUCACAAAGAUAUUUAAUAACUUUAUUCAAAAUGGAAAUGUUUUAAAUAAUCUGUUCCCCUUUGGUAAAGAUCAUGAAAAGAUUGAAACAAUUUUAAGAAGUGAUUUUUUAGAUCCAUUUUUAUCCAUUACUAAUAAAAUAAUAUCCGAUAGUAUAAUUAAUCUUUAUAAUCAAUCUUUAAAGAAUAAAUUGGUUAUAUUAAUAAAUGAUUUAUUACCUGAAUCUAAUGAUUCUGCCUAUAUUAUUUAUACAUCAACUGAUUUAAAUGAUACUUCAGCAUUAUUAAAAUUUUCAACAGCAUGGCAAUCUUUAAUUCGUCCUUAUAUUCAAACAUGUCAUAAGAGUAUAAUUCUUAAUAAAUUAUUAAGAUUAUUAGUUGUAAAUUUUGCUAAUUUAAUAGAAAAGAAACUUUUAUCUAUUCUUAAGAAAUUUAAGAUUAAUGAAUUAGGAUCUAUUAAAUUAGAAAAGGAUUUAUCAUAUUUAAUUAAUGAAGUAUGUAAUGAUAAUUAUCAAUUAAGAGAAAAAUUUGUUAGAGUGACUCAAAUGGUAUUAUUAAUUGGAAUGGAUGAUGAAGAAUAUGAAGAAAGUAUUCAACAUAUUAAUCAAACCACUAAUGGAUCUAAGAAUUCUCAUAAUGGUAAUACCAAUGAUAUUGGAACUACUGAACCUAUAAAGAAAGAAAUUCAUAAUGGUAGUACAAUUGAUGAAGAAGAUGAUGAAGAAGAUGAUGUCAUUGGAAUAAAUUGGGUUUUAACCCCUCAAGAGAGAAAACAAAUAAGGAGAUAUAGAGUAUAGUCUUAUUUAUUUAUAGCUACAAUAUAUAGUUUAAAAU